CCUGGACAUUUUUUUUAUAAUUUUUCUUGGAUUUUCUCUUCCAGUUGCUUCCUUCCUGGCCAUCGGCCAUUUUGUUUUCUCUUUUUCAUACGAGACCCAGUGAUACGCAGUUUCCUCCACUCCUCACUGAAUCCUUCUUCACCUUUUUAUACUGGUUCUUUGAGAGGCUUCAUCCUGGCCGGCACGAUUCCAGCCAAGGGGGAAGAGGACUUCCUGACGCUGGCCGCUUCACGGCUCAGCCGCAGGAAACGUGUCAUUGGAGCUGCUGUAGGUGUGGCAAUGGUUCUGAUACUGUUGGUGGCCAUUCCCCUGCUGGUCCACACAACCAAAGGGGGAGACACUGGGAAUUCAGGGAGCCGUUUUGAAAUGUUGGGAAGCUGCAAGUUGGUGUGUGAUUCAUAUGCUACAUCUCAGCCAGGCCAGGAGCUGACAGCCGUGUCUCCACCACCCCAGGAUUACUCUGGGAAGAAAUUAAAGCCUGGGAUUCGAGGGCCUCAAGGGCCUCCAGGAGAACGAGGACCCCCAGGAGAGCCAGGCAAACCGGGGCCACAGGGGCCAGCAGGUCCAGGCCCGGGUGGAUAUUCUCCCUCUACCUACACUCCCAAAAUUGCGUUUUAUGCAGGGCUGCGCAAGCAGCACGAGGGCAGUGAAGUACUGAAGUUUGAUGACGUGGUGACCAAUGUAGGUAACUACUAUGAGCCCAGCACCGGAAAGUUUACCUGCCCUCUGCCUGGCAUCUAUUUCUUCACGUACCAUGUUCUAAUGAGAGGUGGCGAUGGGACCAGCAUGUGGGCGGACCUGAAGAAGAACGGGCAGGUAAGAGCAAGCGCCAUCGCUCAGGACGCUGAUCAGAAUUACGACUAUGCCGCCAACAGUGUGAUCUUGCAUUUGGACGUAGGUGAUGAGGUGUAUGUGCAGCUGGACGGAGGGAAGGUCCACGGGGGAAACACAAACAAGUACAGCACCUUCUCCGGCUUCCUCAUCUACCCAGACUGAAUCUAAUCCUCACUCGCAGACAGAGGAGUGGUUAGAACAAAAAAACAAACAAGAACCCCCCCCCACACACACACACACAGACAGACAGACAGACAGACAGACAUGCUCAUACACAGACAUGCAAGUAUGCGAAUGAUGCAGUGUACACACAAAAAUAUGCACACACUCACAGACAUGCAUGCAACCACACACACAUACCUGCACAUUGUGAGAUUACAAAAGGAGUGGAAAUGAGAGAUAAGCAGAAUUAAGUCCAGUCGUGUGAUACUGAGCCAAUCGUCACUGAUUCACUGACACCGUUUGUGUGCAAAUAUGAAAUUAAUUAUAUGUAUAGUACAGGCGAGGAUGGCAACUCCACUCUGAAAAUACCUUAAAUACCUAAAGUAUUAUAACGUGUUCUAUAUUAUCUGACAUUGUGAGAACCAGAAUAUAACAAAACACCGCAAGUCUGACUGUUUCCAUGUCAUGUGAUGUGGCGCUGAUGGUGCCAUUAAUUGAGACGACAAAGCCGAGACAAAUGCACACUCGAUGUAUUCCAGUCUUUAACCAAACAGUGCUUACGAAUACGCCCCCCCCGCCCUCCUUUACCGCGACCUCUCAUCGGACGGCUGUGUUUUUGCAACAUGUGCUUAUAAAAUAUUUUCUUUUCUCAUGCUUCAAAGUGCAUUGAUUGAAAUGAAUUAAAUCCCCGCUGACUAGGACUGAAAAUAAGGCCACUUGAAUAAAACAAGUGGUUUGUCUUCUCUCCUGGAUUUCACUUAGCAAAACAUCAUAAGGCAACGUAUAAUUUCAUGGAUGGGACUCGUGUUCAAUGAAGUGCAUUAUGACAAAUAUUGUGUGUGUGAGAAUGUGUGUGUGUUUGCUUGUGCGUGCCAGGAUGGGUGUGUUAUGGUGUAUGUGAGUGGAUAUUUAGACAACGUAAGGGAUCCGGACAAUGAAAAGGCAACGGGUUCGGUGUUUUACUUACAUUAAAUGUUGUACAAUACAUUACAAAACAUACUACUAGAGUUACACUGCCAUACCUGGUUAGUACCUUAUUUUUGAGAGACCCUGUCAAAGUAUCAUCAAAUGACAGUAAAGACGGUAAUUGUGGGACGGCCUAUCAAUGAAAAGUGAACAAUUGCUAUUAAAAAUAUCUACGCCUA